GGGACCAAUUUACUCUCUUCCCUGCCCAUGCAUUCUUUCUCUCUCUAGAUUGUAUAUUCUCUUCUCUUUCAAAGAGCUUGAAGCUUCACACUUUCUCCAUUAAUGGCUUCUACGCCUAAAUCAUGUACCGUGUACAACCCCCAAUAUUAAUAAAAAUCUUCCGUUGGCAAGGUACCGCCAAAAAAGGCUUGUGGUUUUCUCCUAAUUUGGGUUUCCACGUCAAAAUUCCUGUUUUUAUAUUUUGGUGUAUUUUUAGACUAGUUUAUCAUUUUUUUCCCGGCUAAAAACGAUAUAGCCGUCAAUAAUUUACACCAUUAUUUUUGGCGCCACCCGUAGGACCGAUCUGAGUUUUAUUCUCAACCUCAGCUAACCCCAUCCUUGAUUUUGCAAGAUCAAAUUCCAUCCAUAGAUUAUGUUGAUGAUGGUGUCCAAUCACAUAGGCUUCAAUCCCUAAUAAAUCUAAAUCUCCAAAUGUGAAACAUUACACUUGGUCCUUUCCCUGGGUCAUAUCCGGAACUAUGGACAGCAGCUCCUCCCUACGGAUGCUCAUCUCUGUCGAACAUCAGGGUCACAGCUGGCAACGCCACUGCGAAACUCAUCGGAGUUGAUUCAAAGAGGAAGCACAGAUCCAUACCCCUUGGAGUAAGAAAUUGGGCUCGUUCAAAGGUCUUAGUACCCCUCUGAUUUGCUUCACGAAUUUAUUUUUCAGCUGUGUGUAGGCCGGACCGAGGAGGAAAGUGAACUGGGUGCCGGAAUCCACCAUGAUUUGACCCGUCACCAAACCACCUCUGGAUGAGAUUUUUGAAGAGGCGAAGAGAACCCGGGGGAAAUUAAAGAGAUGGAAAAAGGAGGGAAAUCCCCUAUCCAACUAGGAAGAAAAGGAGGGAUGUAGGAGCCGCGGAAGUCACAUAUUCAGCCUCCGUCACCGUCCGGCAGAUUGACUGGCCUGUUCCCAGUGACGAGCUCCAUGUCUGUUGACUCGGGAAUCCCUUCAAUGUAUCCCUUGAAGAUGACCUGCUUGUUCCCACCGAUUCACUACCUGUCAAAAGACCGUCGUCGUGGGAAGAGACUAUUCACUCCAUUGUCCUUUCAGCCGUUGCCAUCUCUGGCCUGCGUGUCCGCCGCCGCCCUAGGCACAUCGUGUAGUUUACCGCCUUUGUGGCUCAGACUCGCAGAUUUGCCUUUGAACCAUUGCCACCAGAUUUUGCCUCCACCGCCGUUGGAGAAAAACUAGCGACGACGAUGUUGUCAACGCCCAAAUUGAUGACCUCGCAGGAGAAGACCACCACUGCCUUAAAGAAACAAUUAGCUAAAGUUUUCCACCAAGAGGCAACAGCAAGGGGACAAAGAACGAAAAGUGUUUAGAGAUGAGCGGCACCUUUGUGACAGCACCACCAUGGAAGCACCUUCUUCUCAAUUCUCUCAGCUCGAAUUCACAUUUCAAGCACGCCAUCUACCUUCAGCUCGCGACAAUCAGACCAAAUGGCAGACCCUCAAAUUGUACCGGCGUCUUCAGAGGCUUUGCAGAGGGCUUCAUUAUUUUGCCCGACCAAGGGAAAAGGAUCAAAAGGGAAUGAUGGUCCACCAGUCCCACCACUAUAUACAUGAUUUCAAAUGGGUCUUGGAGAAUAAAUUACGAAGAUUGAUUGACCCCACCACAUGCAAAAAAGUAAGGAGCAUGUGGUGCUUUGGUGAAAUAGCUACAUAUUAUGCAGACCACACGUGAUGGAACAAUAAAAUCAAAUUAAUGCUUCCAUGAAGUGGAAAAUCUUAUCUAUAAUUGAGGAAUGGACCUACAUGAAAGAUUUGAGAUUAUAUAUUCAUGAUAUUGCUCCAAGGAUAUCAUUUCGUGAUCCCUAUUGGUACAAGACUCGCGAUUAUUGCCCGGUCAAACCGAGGUAAUAAUGAGUGCGUGCCUGGCACGCUGGUUACAACACCGGUCUUGCUCAGUACGAUUACAAAAAAUGGGAAAGGAAGACUGAGACACAAGCUGAGCUUGGUACGCUGGUUAAAAAAGUGGAAGACUGAGACACAUGCCCGGCCUGGCAUGCUGGUACUACACUGGUCUUGCUCGAUAUAAUAAAUUAUUAAAAUAUAUGACACAGGCCCGACCAUGCACGCUGGUAAAAAUCGUUCUUGUGCAGAGACAGGCCAAGGAUGAUAUACACACCGGUCUUGCACAUAUUUUCUCGUAAGUCUGAACCCAAUCAAAUUGGGUACACCGGUGUCUCAGCUGAGCUUUUAUCGGGGACGCCUGAUUCUUCAAGUCUUUUAUAUAAGGCAAUCCAGAAGUGAUCUCUGCAUGACAUGAAGAUAUUUGCAUCAGUUAGCUGGGCUAACGUCGAUCUUCGACAAAGCUGCUGCAGCGUACUUAAUUCGUAUUAGGUAACGUCGA